AUGUUUAUGUGCACAUCAAAAUUUGAUAUUGAAUCAGAGCAGCUAACCUUUGUUGAUGAAUAUCUUACUACCCAGGAGAUUCAGGUAAUGAAUGAAGAAAAAGAUGCCGGUAAGCCUGGGGAUAAGUUUGAUCCAAUCAGUGACAAUGAAGAAGAUGCACCAGAAGCUAUAUCUCCACAGAUACAGCCACCCAGUAAGCGUGCGCUUGGUAAAAGACCAAGGACUGAAGCCACAGAGGAACAGGGGCUAUUGAUUGAACUGGAUAAUGAGGAUGAUGAGGAUGAAAUUCCUCUACCUGACAUCAACAACCAGCAUGGUGAAAGUAAUACGCAGAGGCGAACAUCAGGGAGGAUUCCAAAGCGUUUAAAGCGAGAUGAAGAUUAA